AAAUUCGACGCUGGAACUGAACGCUACAUCUAGCCCUCACCGUUGUGCUGCGCUCCUUCUUCUUCACUCCAGCAGUGGCAGCGGCCGAGCAACACCAGCAGCAGGAUCAUCGUUAGUCGUCGCUCAGUCAGUCACUACUACGAGGGAGGUUGGGCUGCAUAGUGAGACGAGCGAGGUGAUAACGUUCAGUGCUCCAGAGCUUGAGAUCUAGCGUGACAGCGUGAGGUCGGGGGUGUUCUACUGAUGAGCGCCGUGCUCAUAUCGCUCUGGUCGUCAUGAUGUGGCGAAAAAGAUGCGACGGCUCCCAAAUACGGGAUCAGCUCUUCAAGGACCUAAUUGACUUUAUACUGAGAGCAAACACAUCGGACGAUCUCCUCCGAGACCCAACCGGGAGCAGACUUGAGAACCUUACGCCAUCUGACCGAGCUGAGAUCGUCGACCGUGUACGUAACGGAUGUACGCCAUUGUUCCUCGCGGCCAAGAGGGGCCUUGUGAAUAUCGCCAUCUACCUCGUGGACAAAUGCAACGCUAACAUCGAGAAGAAAGGAGUGUACGAGGUGCAACUCGACCAUACGAUCCACUAUGUUACUCCCCUCUGGUGUGCGGCCGUUGUCGGUCAGCUUGCAGUGUGUGAGGCUCUCGUCCAAAGAGGGGCGGACGUCAACACAGUCUCCGACACGGGCUCUACCGCUAUUCGCUCCGCGUGCUAUAUGUCCAACAAGCCCGUUGUGGAGUAUUUGGUUGCGCAGGGAGCCGACGUGAAUCGGGCGAACAACAACGGGGGUACAUGUCUCAUCAAUUCUGUCCAGGCGUUGGAUUUGUGCAGGUUCCUCAUUGAGAAAGGAGCCAAUGUGAACGCUCGCGACUCGCAGUUCAAAACUGCUCUGCACUACGCAGUUCAGGAACUCCGAUUCGAAACCGUUAAGUUACUCUUGAAGCACGGAGCCGAUCAUAAGGCUCAGAGCAAGCACGGUGACGACGCUCUCCAAGCAGCCUGCCUCAAGGGCUGCGAAGAGAUCGCGAAUUAUCUCAUGGAUAACUUGGAUUAUUCGCCCGAGCGGAUCGCCGACGCAUACGAGCUGCUCGGAGCGACGUUCGCCGUCGAGAACCACGACAUAGGGAAAGCAAUCGAUUAUUGGAAGAGAGCUAUCCUAUAUCGUCAAGAAAAAGGCAUCGGGAAGGACAUCGAUUAUCCCACCCAUUCCGUCUAUAUGGGUGUCAAGCCAUUCAGAACAAUCGAGGAGGUGGACGAGUUGGCCGUCAACUUGGACAAGAUCCGAAUCCACAGCCUCAUGAUCAACGAGCGCGUUCUAGGCAAAAGCCAUAAAGACACCAUAUAUAGGCUCAUGUAUCGCGGUGCUGCAUUCGCUGACCGAUUGAUGUAUGAACGCUGUAUCGACCUGUGGAAGUACGUGAUCGACAUCCGACUGCUCAAGGAUUCCGUGCUCCACCAUGACACCUGCGUGGCUUUUGAAACCCUUGUGAUUAUUCUUUUCGAUCGAUACGACGACAUGAGCGAGAAAGCGAACGCCGACUGGUCGGCGAGUUUGAACGACGCUCUUUUCCUAUUGGAAAAAUGCAUUGAUUCGUUCCCGAAGGCCAUAGAACAGCUGAAGACAAUCCCGACCUUUCGGCGCCACGAAGAGAACUGGGAUCGUUUACUGCAGUCCCUUGUGCAUCUCCUACAUUUGGCCGUCAUCGUGAAGAAAACUCCGGACGAAGCCUCGAAACUCAGGGUAUGUCUCAAACGUUUGAACUGGAUUGCGCCGAGAACUGUCAAAGGCAACUCGCUCCUGCAUCUAGCCGCUGGCCGCGUCGACGGCAUCAAUCGACGGAAUCCUCAGGUGUUCGGCGGAAGGCAAAUUUUCCCGGAUCCUGUCACGACGAGCGCCCUGCUGGAAACGGGCGCUGCCGUUGAAGCGACGAACCAGGACGGCUCGACGGCGUUGCAUGUGGCUUCUUUGAGAAUUAACUACCGACAGGACGUCGUGGAGUUGCUGCUGGGGAAAGGAGCCCACAUUGACCGGACAAACCGUCAAGGAAACACACCGUAUCGUAUGCUCAACGGAAAUCAAGAAUGCAAGAUCAACGUCACCAAUUUGAUAACUCUCAAAUGUCUUGCCGCUACCAAGGUGAAAUCACUGAAAAUCAGAUACGAGAAGCAGGUUCCGAAUAGUUUGAUUCCAUUUGUCAGAAUGCAUUGAGUAGUUGUCCCAGGUUUGUGGUGAAACUAGGGGAGACGAAAGGAUCUCGACCGACAGUAGCACGAGAGGCUGCGAGUGAGAGUGAAUGGUGAUGAAUGUGUACAGAGAGUACCUACUGCAAGAGCCUUCGAUUGGUUGGGCUGCGCGGUGAUCGUUUGAUAUAUACCUGUGAUAGAUUCUUUCGGGGAAGUCGGAUACCGCGAAUCCUGUGUCGAAAGAAGUAUUUCCAAAUUAUCCGAGUCUCCGCCGUGAAUGAUCGCCGAAUUUUUUUUUCUCAUCUUCUCAUCCAAUGGUCGACUUCAAGUUCUUUUUUCGAGAGCUCGCUCUCCCUCUCUCUUGGAAUCGAGCAUGCUCGUCUGUCAUUCGUUCACGUGCCCAUCGAUCGGUACGACGAUGAAUCUAUCGAUUAGUUUCCAUCGAGUCAGUAUUUUCGAAGUUGGAAUUUAGCGACCCGCGGUCAUAUGUAUGCAUAAGCUUUUAUCUCGAGUGGUGGCGAGUGUUGACAAUGCGUCGACGCUUCCCUUGUGAGCGAGUAGUCGUCGUCGUUUCAUGGACUGUGCGGAGAGGUUUUACGCUCCUUUAUCGGGUUUUUGCUUAUCGAUCAACCCCCUGGAAUCAAAGGAUGAUUUGUCGGCUGUUUUUCCUCACUAGUUCGUGGAAUGUUUCAUCGCAGUCAUAUUAUGGUUUAGCAGGCGAGAGUCGGGGAUUCCCCCGUCGCCAGGCUUGUAGUGUCCCUCCUUUAUUGAUUUUCGGAUAUGAGCAUAUUCAUACGGUCGCAGAUUCACGACACAUAGCUGACAUUGAAUGGUGCUCAGGAAACUGGCGAGCACGUUGAUCGGAUGUCAAGAGUCUUCCGGAUCAGCCUGAGUGUGAACCGGCGGAUUAUGUGCGCAUUCCAUAUAUACCUUGGAGAUUUGUUGCUUCCGGAGAGCGAGUCUGUAAAAAUGACGAGAACGAUACAACCAAACCGUGCACUGUGUAAAAACAAGGCAAAAUAAUCACUAGUGUCGAUGAAUAAACUCUGUCUUCGGAACGGAAA